AUCGCGUGCAAAAUGGUGGUUAUUUCGUAUGUAGCAAAAGCUAGUUGCGCACUGUGACGUCACAUCAUAGUCGUGUUGUGCGGUUAUGCGUCUGUGAGCUUUACUGUUGAGAGUUGAGCGAUUUACUGACACGACAGAACGGCGAAAAUAUGUGACGGAGAACCGGAAUCAAGCAACCGAGUAGCAUAAAUCUCGCAUAUUCCCCGGGCGAGCGCUUCUCCUCGUCCCUUGUUCGUCGCCGGUGUGGCGUGUCAGCACACGCGCGCGCGCGUAUCCUUUUGCCCGAAGAGCUCGUACACUCUCGUCGUUCGGCACCCGGGAGUAGGCUCGCGUGCGAACGUGUUCUUCCGCUUGCGUGUUACAUUGUUCUCCGUGUGCGAGAUGGCCGGUAAGUAGAGUGCUCCAACGGAGACACCGCGACGUUGUCGAUUAACCGGCGCGCGCGUAUUCGUCGCGCGACGACAGAGACGAAGACGGAGACGACGGUAACGGUGACGGCGGCGACGACGACGACGACAACGACAACGACGACGACGACGGCAACAGCAACGGCAACGGCGCGUCGUCGUUCCCGUUGGCCAACAACUCGCUUCCUCGCGACGCCGCGACUAGGCGAACCUUGACCUAGAUAACACGCGGGUGUACCCGCAACGAAUGUUCGCGUAGAGUCAACCUUAUAAUCUUCAAUUACAAUUGCGUCGGUUACGCCCGGAUUACUCCCCGAGCUCGGGGAAACAGAUAUCUAUGUAUCCGUCGCCGGCGACGGCGACAACUGCGACGACGGCGGCAACCUAGAAACAUGAUGGAUUACGCCGAAACUUCAAUGCCACAGGUGUACAGGUUCGUGCUAGGGCGGCGAUUAUUUAGUGCUUCUUUCCUACCACUAUGAGCAAUGGUGACAUACAAUGGUGUUUUUCUCAAGUGAAGGGUACCUUAGAAGAAGAUGUUACAGAAGCUGAUAUAAUUUCAUGUGUUGAAUUCAAUCAUGAUGGUGAUCUUCUUGCAACAGGAGACAAAGGUGGACGUGUUGUUAUUUUUCAGAGAGACCCCAUUAGUAAAAAUAGUAUACCACGGAGAGGUGAAUACAAUGUGUACAGCACCUUCCAGAGCCAUGAGCCAGAGUUCGAUUAUCUAAAAUCACUAGAAAUAGAAGAAAAAAUUAACAAAAUUAGAUGGCUAAAAAGAAAAAAUCCUGCCCACUUUUUACUCUCCACGAACGAUAAAACAAUCAAAUUGUGGAAAGUUAGUGAGAGAGAUAAAAGAGUAGAAGGAUAUAAUACAAAAGAAGAAAAUGGUACGAUCCGUGAUCCUGCCUGCAUCACUGCCUUGAGGGUGCCAACCAUAAAACCAAUGGAGUUGAUGGUAGAGGCAUCACCAAGGAGAAUAUUUGCCAAUGCGCACACCUAUCACAUAAACAGUAUAAGUGUCAACAGUGAUCAAGAGACAUACCUCAGUGCUGAUGAUCUUAGAAUUAAUCUUUGGCACCUUGAGAUAACAGACCAGAGUUUUAAUAUAGUAGACAUUAAGCCAACUAAUAUGGAGGAAUUAACAGAAGUCAUAACUGCAGCAGAAUUUCAUCCAGCAGAAUGCAAUGUAUUGGUAUAUAGUAGUAGCAAAGGAACUAUUAGACUUUGCGAUAUGAGAUCUGCCGCUCUUUGCGAUCAGCAUAGUAAACUCUUCGAAGAACCUGAAGAUCCGACUAAUAGGAGUUUUUUCUCAGAAAUUAUUUCAAGCAUAAGUGAUGUAAAACUCAGUAAUUCUGGGAGAUACAUGAUUAGUAGAGACUACCUCAGUGUAAAAGUGUGGGAUUUACAAAUGGAGACAAAGCCAAUUGAAUGUUAUCCUGUACAUGAAUAUUUAAGAUCAAAGUUAUGUUCAUUAUAUGAAAAUGACUGCAUUUUCGAUAAGUUUGAAUGUUGUUGGAGUGGUAACGAUUCUGCUAUUAUGACGGGCUCAUACAACAAUUUCUUUAGAGUAUUUGAUCGUACAACCAAACGCGAUCUUACUUUGGAGGCAGCACGUGACAUUGCCAAACCAAAAACACUCCUUAAACCAAGAAAGGUAUGCACCGGUGGUAAACGCAAGAAGGAUGAAAUCAGUGUCGACUGUUUGGACUUUAAUAAGAAAAUACUUCAUACCGCAUGGCAUCCAUCUGAAAAUGUGGUGGCUGUAGCUGCUACGAACAAUCUCUUCCUAUUCCAAGAUAAACUCUAGCACAUCUGUAUGCAGAUAAUACAACGGUAUAUAUUGACGUGAGCGAGGCACAAUAAAAGCUCCCAGCAGAAUAGCCGGGUGUCCGAGUAAUACUGACGAUAGUCAACUACUAAUCUGUCAGUGGUUGACUGACCGAAGAAUGAUGUAUGUAGCGCCGUCCACGCAGCUCACACAUUCAGACUUGUUACACAUAUGCACACGCGCGCACACACACACACACACACACACACACAGCAUACAGAAUUGCACCUCAUACUUUGCCGUGCGCAUAUGUAAAAAAGAAAAGAAAAAGAUAAAUACGACCGCGGAAGACACGCAUAACUCUCUAGGCUAUCAAGUUCGCUAGCUUGAAUAUAUUUACAGAUUAAAAGAAACGUGUUGUGUAUAUGUAUAUAUGUGUGUGUGUGUGUGUGUACACACACGCAUAUACAUAUAUGUAUAACAUACACACGCGCACGCAUUCAGCAAAAUAUGCGACUGAACAAUUCACAGACUCGUAUUGGCAGUUAUAAUAUAUGAUUUAUAAGUACUAAUUAAUAAUUUGUUGCUUGUAUGAUAGAAAUUGUGCAAUUGCACAGUACAGUAUAUAGAUAAUUUUACAAUGGAUAAAGAUGCUUGAACAUGUCAUACAUAGCAUUAACGAAGAUGGGCAAUAAUAUAAAUAGGUAAAUGAACAGAGCACGAGAACGAAUUAACAGACCGCUUCAUACGACUUAUGUACAAUUGAUACAAAUAUUAAAGCGAGAUGUACAAUAGAAAUCGUAAAGUCGUACAAAAAUUGUUCAAUUACGGUUCGAUUAUUCGGUUGUAAAGAGAAUAAUCGACUGCGAUUGGUUAAUUUUCUUAUGACUUAGGACUUUGCGACUUCUAUUGUAGACUCCGCUUAAAUUCUUAAUUUAUACGCCUAACUAACGUGAAAACAAAAAGAUAAGUUAUAUCAACGUGAUUAAUUUAUAAUUAUUGUAAUGUAGUAACUUUAUUUUUGUUCGCGUUCGUGCAGCACUUCAGUUAUCUCUAAAGGAAGUAUGCGAUAAAUGCUAUAAAAGAAAGUUAUUUGUUGCAAACCAUAUUACAAUUUAUAAUUAAUCCGUGUGUUAUUGAUCUUAAAAAGUAAGUACACAGAAUAAUUAAAUAAUACUAGUUUUGUUCGCGGAAUAUAAAAAUAAUGAUAGUUACCAUUUAUGAGAAAGCCCGAUUUUUUAUGAAGUACAGCCUGUUUCCAAAUUAUCCCAUCUACCAUUUACAAUUUAGUGUCAUGUUAUACGUGUUUAAUAUAUCUAUUUUAUCGUAUAAUUAUACUUACGAAUUAAUUGUUUGUCCCAGUCGUGUAAUAGUUGCUAAUACGAGUCCAAUAAUAGCGGAAAGUAUUAUCUUUCCUUCCAAUAUAUAUUUGAAAAAACUAAAUGUUGCCGCACUUCAAAUAUAUCAAGCAAUAAGUGACACCGA